AUGUUCCGAUGCGCGCUAGCCAUCGCUACACUCUGCGCCACCGCAACUUGUGCCACUCUGCCUCUGGGCUUCUCAACCCAGACUCUGAUGCAUGACGGAUCGCAGAGAAAGUUCAAGGUCUACGUUCCCAGCGCCUCAAACUACACGGGCCUCUUCUUCAUGAACCAUGGCUGGACGGAGACCAUGGACAGCGCGUGCGACUACGGUCAGAUAGAGACAUACGCGGAGCAGUAUGGCUUUGUAGGAGUUUGCCCACAAGGGCUGAUGUACUCAACAGGCGAGACUGGCUGGAAUGUUGGCACCUGCUGUGGAGGAGCUGAAUCUGCACAGACAGAUGAUGUCGGCUUCAUCCAGAAAGUCAUCGAGCUCAUCCAGGCCGAGCUGACCAUUCCGCCCGGCCGCACCUUUGCGGGCGGCUUUAGCAAUGGCUGCUCCUUGUCCUUCCGCUUGGCUUGCGAGCUCUCCCACAUGAUCCACGGGGUGGGCUGCGCUGGCUCUGCGUACAACCAUCGCUACUCCGGAGCCGGUGUUCUCUCCUGCAACCCCACAUAUCCGCGCCCAUACUGGUCCCAAGUAGGUAGCGGCGAUUUUUUCUACACCGUCUCGGAAGCCAAAUCAGGGUGGCAGCAGUAUGGUACCCAAGUGCUGGGCUGCUCUUCGGCGACGUCCGUGGUUUUCAACCAGGACUCGGUGACGUGCGAAGAGCACACGUCCUGCACGGGGUCAUUACGCAGUCGCUUCUGCGAGCUCGCUGACCUGGGGCACGAGUAUCAAAGCUCCGGCCGAUCUCCGUACCAAAUGAGCCCGACAGAAGCUGCCUGGCUUUUCCUGACCCAAACUCAGACAAGCUCCACGGAAAGCACGGCGGGUGAGGCCAGUGGAGCGAUCUGGGAGACGGCCACCGGCACCUUCCUGCGCAUCCUCAGUGGCUUCGCCGUCUCCGUGUGCCACCUUGCCUUUGCCCCCAGUGGCGACCUGGUCGCAGCCGCCGGAGCAGAUGGCGAGGCCCGCCUGUGGAACGUCCAGACGGGAGAGGCAUUGCUCCGCGUGGCCGGACACCAGGAUGUCGCCACCGGCGUAGCCUUUGCGGCCGAUGGGCAGUGCAUCGCCACCUGCAGCAGCGAUGGCACGGCGGUUCUUUGGAACAUCGAGAGUGGCUUGCGCGAGGCUACCCUCGUAGGCCACGAGGAGGCUGUCAUGGCCGCCGCCUUCAUUUGCAAGAGCGACCUCGCGACGGACAAAAACGAUGCAGAAUCAGUUUUCCUCACAC